AUGUCCCAAGAGCAUCACUUCACCCUGUACACGCACAACUUUGGCCCGAACGGAUGGAAGGUCGCCAUUGUUCUCGAGGAGCUCGGCCUUGAGUACCGUUCCCUCUACUUGGACGUGAAAAAGGGCGAGCACAAGGCUCCCGAGCAUACCAAGUUCAACCCGAAUGGACGCAUCCCCACGUUGAUCGACCAUAAGAACAACGACUUCGUCGUCUGGGAGUCGGACGCGAUCAUCACGUACCUCGUGGAGAAGUACGACUUGGAGGGUAAGAUCUCCGCCACCUCCUUCGAGGAGAAGAUGCAGCAGCUGCAGUGGCUCUUCUUCCAGGCGUCUGGACAGGGGUGCGUAAUUUCGAGUGUGCUUCCUAGUGCGGGCACGGUAGCCUAA